GCUGCCGCCUCAGCAGCGCGGCGUCUCCACCUGCGCAGCCACCGCUCCGCCCGGCGCCGCGCCGCCAUUGGCUCGCUAAAAAUGCCUCGCUAAUCUGCGCCCAUCUGCGCGCCUCCGCCCGCCGCCUCCCCUCCUCCUCGGCUCUGACCUUCCUCCUUCCCGCAGCCCCGGGCGAGGUCCGGAGGGACGCGGCGGUGCAGCCUCUCUUGCCCCCCGGGAAGUCGAUCGGGCUUGAGGCCGGGCCCCCAGACGCCCCGCUUGGCCCCGCGGCGCCGCCGAUGGUGGCGGGCGCCCCUGCCCCCAGCGCGUGAGAAGCCCGCGUGCUGAACGCCACCGCCCGCCUGUCCGCCGCACCACCGCCGCACCAUGUCUGGCUCUUACGACGAGGCCUCGCUAGCUCCGGAGGAGACCACCGACAGCUUCUGGGAGGUGGGGAACUACAAGCGGACGGUGAAGCGCAUCGAUGACGGGCACCGGCUGUGCAACGACCUGAUGAGCUGCGUGCAGGAGCGCGCCAAGAUCGAGAAGGCCUACGCGCAGCAGCUCACCGACUGGGCCAAGCGCUGGCGCCAGCUCCUCGAGAAAGGCCCACAGUAUGGCAGCUUGGAGCGGGCCUGGGGCGCCAUAAUGACGGAGGCCGACAAGGUGAGCGAGCUGCACCAGGAGGUGAAGAACAGCCUGCUGAACGAGGACCUGGAGAAGGUCAAGAACUGGCAGAAGGACGCCUACCACAAGCAGAUCAUGGGCGGCUUCAAGGAGACCAAGGAGGCUGAGGACGGCUUCCGCAAGGCCCAGAAGCCCUGGGCCAAGAAGAUGAAGGAGCUAGAGACAGCCAAAAAGGCGUACCAUCUGGCUUGCAAAGAGGAGAAGCUGGCCAUGACCCGGGAGAUGAACAGCAAGACAGAGCAGUCGGUCACACCCGAGCAGCAGAAGAAGCUGCAGGACAAAGUGGACAAGUGCAAGCAGGACGUGCAGAAGACGCAGGAGAAGUAUGAGAAGGUGCUGGACGACGUGGGCAAGACCACGCCCCAGUACAUGGAGGGCAUGGAGCAGGUGUUUGAGCAGUGCCAGCAGUUUGAGGAAAAGCGGCUGGUCUUCCUCAAGGAGGUGCUGCUGGACAUCAAACGUCAUCUCAACCUGGCUGAGAGCAGCAGCUACAUUCAAGUGUACCGGGAUCUGGAGCAGGCCAUCCGGGGGGCUGAUGCCCAGGACGACCUCAGAUGGUUCCGCAGCACCAGUGGCCCUGGCAUGCCCAUGAACUGGCCCCAGUUUGAGGAGUGGAACCCAGACCUCCCUCACACCGCUGCCAAGAAGGAGAAACAGCCCAAGAAGGCAGAGGGGGCAGUGCUGACCAAUGCUGCUGGCGUGGUGGAGUCCACGUCUCAGGCUGGGGACCGUGGCAGUGUUAGCAGCUACGACAGGGGCCAGACUUACGCCGCCGAGUGGUCGGACGAUGAGAGCGGGAACCCGUUUGGGGGCAGUGAGGCCAACGGAGGCUCCAACCCCUUCGACGAGGACGCCAAGGGAGUGCGCGUGCGGGCGCUCUACGACUACGACGGCCAAGAGCAGGACGAGCUCAGCUUCAAGGCCGGAGACGAGCUCACCAAGCUGGGCGAGGAGGACGAGCAGGGUUGGUGCCGCGGGCGGCUGGACAGCGGGCAGCUGGGACUCUACCCCGCCAACUACGUGGAGGCCGUCUAGCGGCCCCGCCCCCCCCAGCCCAAGCUCCUCACCCGCCGCCCCCGUCCCUGCCGCCUCCCGCCCCCCAACCCCCUGCCAUAGAGUUCCAGACAUAUUUUCCGAUCAAGCUUUUAUUUUUUUAAAAGUCAAAACAGAACAAAACAAAAAAUAUAAAGAGACGGAGCAUUUGCAGGGCUGCCUGGAGGCCAGGGUGGUGGGACUUGGGGUGAUGGCCCCAGGGCAGGUGAGGGUUUAGGACUUAGCCCGACAGCGACAUCAUCACAUCUGCUCUUCAGAUCCCACCAAAGAGUCUCCUGCACCCGGAGGGGUGUCUCCUGGACCCUUCCAUCCUCGGUGCCCCCAGCCUUUCCUCCCCCCACGCUCAUCCCCACCCCCGGCUGCCAGCGCCUGCCCCCAGUCUCCGGGCCUGGUUUUCUUGCCCUCUGCCUCAUGCCCCACCCUGCUCCCCUCCCACCACCUACUCUUAGAGGCCUCCUCUGAAGUCCCCCGAGAAGGGGGCCACCCCUUUAGUCUUCCACUCUGCCUGGGGGAAUGCCCUUCUCCUAGCCUCGUCCCUGAGGACUGGCGGGGCUGGAGGAGGGAUGGUCACCCCCCUCUUCUCCGACAGAGGUUUCCGGGGUCCCUAGACUCCUCAAGACAGGCAGAGGUGUUAGCUGGAGCUGCGGACACUCACUGGUGUAGGAGGAGGGGUGAAUAGGGAUGGGGUCGGGGAGGGGAUAAGACCCCACUGGGGCUCUUUUUUCCAGCUGUUGGCAGGUUGGGCCCAGUCUCUUCCCCAGAGCCAGACACUGCCUCCCAGUCACUAGCAGAGGCCCCAUCCCGCUGUCAGGCAGCAGGGAGGGGGCCCCAAAGCCCAGGGCAAAGCCAGCAACAGUAGCAGCCUCCUCCUGUUUCCUGGGGAGGAGGACAUCUUGCCCGCCCUCCCUCUCUCUCCCAUCUCUCCAAGUCCACCGAAAACUGUAGAUCCACCAGGCUAAACCGGCCUCGCCUCCCUCCUCCACGCCCCUGCUCUGGUCUGCCCAAGGAGACUCCAUGGAGGAUCAGGCAGGGGAACGCCUGCGGCCGGCAGGGAGGGCCUGGGUCUGCAGGUGCCCUGGCCUCCGGAGCAGCACCAUCACCGGGUCUUUCUUCUUGUCCCCCUCCCGCCAACUCCAGCCCUGGCCCCUUGCAGCCCCUCCCGCUGGCGGCCCCCAUCUCUGCACACCUGGGUCUCAGGGAAAGGACUCCCGUGGGCGGGAGGGGGCCAAGGGCCUCCGGAGAGCAGCAGUGUCUGCUGAGGCGGGUGGACGGAGGCCGUGCUGGCCUAGCAGGUGUUCGCACCAGGGCCCAGCCAGCCUGGCCCAUAGAGUGGGGAGCUGCCUGGGCAGACCAGGACCCCCAGGCCGGGGAAGGAUGGGAAGCGGCGUCUCUGAGGCCCUGAGACUUCCUGCAGCAGCAGGGGAGGCCGCUGCUCAGGGUGCUGAGCCUCGGGUCUGCGGACACCCCCACGCACUCUGCCCUGGCGGUGCUUGGCCGCCCCGGCCUCCAGGUAACGACAGCACGACCCCCAGCCCCUCUGCCACCCUCGGUCUUCUUUUGCUCCCUGCUGCGUUUGCCCAGAGCCCACUCAGGAGGUCCCAGACCCCAGCCUCCAUGCCCUGCGCCUAGUCCUGUGGGCACAGAGGACCCUGGCAGAGGCGCUGGGGCAGGCCUCCCUCGGGGCCAGGGGACUUUGGGGGUGUGAGGACCCCC